CAGAGGAACACAGGUGAUAUUCAGAAACAGGGACGACUGACACUGCACUGAAAAGUAUCUUGAGGAUGGCAGCAUGGGACCUGUCAGUAACAGUGGAGGACCUGGGUCCUUCUGCCCCACCCAUUAAAAUCAGCGUAACCUCUGACCUUCACAUAGGGGGCGUCAUUCUGAAAAUUGUGGAAGUUACAAAUAUGCAGCAGGACUGGUCAGAUCAUGCUCUUUGGUGGGAACAGAAGCAACAGUGGCUCCUGCGGACGAACUGGACGCUAGAUAAAUGUGGGGUCCUUGCAGAUGCUCGACUUCUCUUCUCCCCCCAGCACAAGCCUGUGAGGAUUGGCCUUCCCAAUGGAGUCACUGUUCGCCUCCAUGCCUGCUUCUCCGGCCCUGUGUUUCGCACCGUCUUGGGCAUCUGCAAAAUCCUGAACAUAAGACAUCCUGAGGAACUGUCUCUGCUACAACCUGUGGAGGAGAAAAAGAAGAAGAAAGAUAACAAUUCUGCAGAGGAGGAGUACGACCUGACAGAAAUCCCACUGGUGUCUGGAUCAGUUCCAGCUCUGUACAAUGGCAUGCCAGCUCAUUUUGCUGACUCUCCCAAACUGGAGGCCAUCUAUAAGAUGCUGUCUGUGUGCCAGCCUUCUCCAACUCCUGAGAGUAUCGCUAAACUGUAUCGACCAGCCAGCAAAGUGGACAAAACACAUAUCCAAACCAGAUGGCUGGAUUCUUCUCGCUCACUCAUGCAGCAGGGAAUACAAGAGAACGACAGGCUGUGGCUUCGCUUUAAAUACUACACUUUUCACGAUGUAGAGCCUAAGUAUGAUGUGGUGCGUCUGACUCAGCUGUACGAGCAGGCGCACUGGGCCAUUCUGCUGGAGGAUAAUGACUGCACAGAGGAGGAGAUGAUGCUGUUCGGUGCCCUGCAGUACCAUAUAGGUAAGCUGUCGCUGUCUCAGAAUGUCAGCACCUGCCAGGGCAUGGAAGACCUGGAAUCAGCCCUGAAAUCUCUGGAGGUGAAGAUGGUGGGAGAGAGCAGUAUCACAAAUGCACUGGAAAACAUGACUGCUCCAGAACUGAAUGACUACCUGAAAUUGUUUCGACCAAAGAGACUCACACUGAGAGAUUACAAACAGUACUGGUUCAAGUUUCAGGACACGUCUAUUUUCUAUUACAAGAGCAGAGAGGAGAGCUAUGGAGAACCCCUCCAACAAAUGAACCUGAAAGGCUCUGAAGUAACUCCAGAUGUGAAUAUAGCAGGACAGAAGUUCUGUAUUAAACUCCUGAUCCCAGUGCCAGAGGGCAUGAAUGAGGUGUACCUGCGGUGUGAGAACGAGAAGCAGUACUCAGAAUGGAUGGCAGCCUGUAAACUGGCCUCUAAAGGUCUGACCUUGGCUGAUAGCUCGUACCAGAGUGAGGUGAAAAACAUCCAGACCUUUUUGUCCAUGCAGCGCUCCAACAUGUCCACCUCAGCUACACAGGUUGAUGAGAGUAUUAACACACUGAGUCUUGUCUCACCUCGCUAUGCCAAAAAAUACAAAGCUAAACAGUUAACCCCUCGUAUUCUGGAGGCUUAUCAGAACAUAGCCCAGCUUUCCCUGACAGAAGCUAUUUUGAAGUUUAUCCAGAUCUGGCAGUCCCUGCCUGACUUUGGCAUUUCUUAUUUCAUGGUCAGAUUUAAGGGUAGCCGUAAAGAUGAGGUUCUGGGUAUUGCAAACAAUCGCCUGAUCCGUAUUGACCUGGGAGUUGGAGAUGUAGUGAAGACCUGGCGCUACAACAACAUGCGGCAGUGGAACGUCAACUGGGACAUACGACAGGUGGCCAUUGAGUUCGAUGGAAACGUGAACAUUGCCUUCAGCUGUAUAAAUGCAGACUGUAAGAUUGUACAUGAGUAUAUUGGAGGCUACAUAUUUAUGUUCACACGCUCAAAAGAGGUGGGUGACACGCUCAAUGAGGAGCUCUUCCACAAACUCACCGGGGGAAACGAAGCUCUCUGACUGCCACACUAGCAUCAUGUUUUUUUAUUUUCUUCUGUUAAAAGUAAUAGUUUGAACAACAAACAGCUGUACAUCCAGAACUUGCUGAGUAUAUAAAAUCUGUGUAAAGUCAAUAACAUCUGCAUAAACUAUUUUCCUUAGACUUACA